GUUAAAGUGACUAAUUCUUAUCGAAUUAGAAUUGUUUUGGUUUAAAGUCGAACACAGCGGUAGUUUUGAGAAUUCGGCCACAAAAGCGGAUACAAGAGAACAGGCUUCACCUCAUUUGGACUUCUGAAUCUUACGAAAAUGUCCUGUUGGUUAAUGAAUGAGACUCUGGAGCUGGCGAAGGACUACAUUGACUUCUGCACCGGGAUCCAGCGGACUCCUCCCAGCGAGUCGGCCGAAGCCAUGCGCCGGUUGGGGAAAGAGCUGGAGCUCCAGCACAGAGUCAAGUUUCAAAACCUUUCACGCAGUUUCCUGUCGACUUGCAGCGUGAACUCGGACCCAAGCACCUGCCUGCGUAGCGUCAUGACCCUGCUGGUGGAAGACGGAAAUCUGAACUGGGGAAGAAUCGUGUCUCUGUUCGCUUUCACCGGCGUCGUCGCCGCAGAAGUGUUCUCCAGAGAAAAUGGAGCGGAGAGGUGCAGGAGGCUCGCAGAGACCAUGGCAGAUUACCUGGGAGCAGAGAAGGGCGACUGGCUACAGGAGAACGGAGGAUGGGACGGUUUCUGUAAGUUCUUCCGGAGCUCCUCUCAGGUGGGUCAGGAUUCCUCCAUGAAGACGGCUCUGUUUGCAGCAGCAGGUGUCGGACUAGCAGGACUCACCUUCCUCCUCGUGCGCUGAUCCUCUCACCUUCACUUUACUUUCUCUCUUGUUGCCAUUUUUUUUGUUUGUUUGUUGUUUAUUUCGAACUCCUCAGUUCCCAACAGAACUAUUUAUUAUACUGAGAGGUCGUGUUGCAUCUCACUCAGUACUUCCUGAAAUUCUCCUGGAAAAUUAGUUUGUUUUUGUUUUGUUUUGUUUCCACAAACCGACAUCCCGCAUUUUAAGCGUUCGUCUGCAUCGUGUCCUCUGAGUUUUUUUUUUUAAUCUGUUUCUUUUUAAGUUUGAUGUACAGACUCGAUUCCAUAUAAAUACAUCGUGAGACUUUGUUUACAUCUUUUCAUGUUAAAAGUCCCUUUAAAUGUCAUUUCAGAAGGUGCUACAGUUCAUGUCAUGAGAAUUCCUAUGUUUUUAUUUCUAACCAGUUUCCAAUACAACUUUGUAAAUUAUAACUAAUUUAAAAAUAUUUAGCCAAUUUCCCUUCCUUGACAAAAAUUGUAUUUUUGCAUUAUUUUAUUUAUUUAAUACUUCAGAAAUAAACUGAUUCGGAACAAUAAA